UUUAUUGGAGUGAUUUGAGCGAGUUCAUGCAAGCAAGGAUGCUCGCUUUUUCAUCAGAGUGUAGAUCGGAAGCCGAUCAAUCGUAGCGGGUUCCUUUGAUUCGAAGUCGUUUCUGUUGUUGUUGUUGUUGUUGUUGUUUUUCUUUUCCAAUAUUGCACAAGGAUCUGGAGCUCGUCUGUCUGUAGUUGAUAGGUUUCUAGUUCAGGGUUAUGAGAGCGGACGUUUGAUUUAGCGCAAGAGUGCAAACAUGGCGGAGGCCGGGGGCGCCUUUGUUACGCGUGCGUUCGAGCGCAUGCUCAAGGAUUCCACGGGCCGCAAGUUUGGCAGCUUGCAAACUGCUCUGAAGGCAUAUUUGGAGAGGAAACCUGUGUCACUACCACUCGAGCCCCUCGACGAGCCCCAUGCAGUUUUCCGAGAUGAAAUAUCCGUCGUCCAAGACAAUCUCUCGGAAGGUGAUCCAUCAAGUCCUAAAGAAGCAGACGAGAAGUUUGAGGAUACCAGCCCGGCCAUAUCUCCCGCCAAGCCCAGCACCGGACAGGCAGCUGCUGCAGCCCUAGCUGAGGCCGGACACAUCCUAGAAGGUUCGGAAGCAGAUUUGGUGAUCCUGCCCUUGCGUCUCGCCUUUGAGACGAAGCAGUCCAAGCUUGUGGAACCAGCUCUAGACUGCCUACAUGUAAGAACACACACCUGCUCUAGUAGUGCUCGGUCGGUCACUGUUGCGAGGUGUGCUAAGGACGUCACGGAGUGAUUCUGCUCACAAUGCCGUGGUCCAUGAUUUGUUUUGUGCGUUCCUCGUAUUCGUGGUUGUCGAUAUAUUUUCCCGUUUGUGCUGGUGAUGGAGAUUGGAAUGUGGUGCCGC